AUGGGAGAUAUCUCCAUGAUGAACAAAUCUCCUGUUAACCUCUCCGAGAAGCUUUUCGUACUAACCAACGACGUGAUCUCAAGAAUCACAUUUGGCAAGACAGGCAAGCUUGGGCAGAGUUUUAUCUCGGUGUGCAAGAAAUUGUUGGUGUUGGCCUCUGGAUUUUGUGUAGCUGAUAUGUUCCCCUCACUGAGCUUUAUCGACACUCUCAGUGGAUUGAGAUCCGUGUCAGAGAAACUUCGGCGUGAGAUGGAUGAGAUCCUUGAGGAGAUAAUCAAGGAGCACAAAGAGAAGAGAACCAUGACAAUUAGCAACAAAGGGGAUGAUGAACAAGAGGAAGAUCUGGUCGACGUUCUUUUAGGGCUGAAGGAAAAUGGUGGACUUGAGUUCCCUCUCACGGACACCAACAUCAAGGGCGUAAUCAUGGAUAUGUUCGUCGCAGGGACCAAGACAGCAUCAACAACGAUGGUAUGGGCGAUGGCGGAACUAAUGAGGCACCCUGAGAUGAUGGAGAAGGCUCAAGCGGAGGUGCAGUGA